CCUCGUCACAUGAUCAAAGCGGAAGUGACGAUCAGCUGACCUCCUCACAUGAUCUGUAGCAUCUGUCAGCUGGAGCUUCCAUUAUUUUCUCCUCCUUUCACGGUUCGAUCUGUAUAUUUGGAGCUCGUGAUGGCCGGCCGCGGGAAACUGAUCGCUGUGAUCGGAGAUGAGGACACGUGCACCGGCUUCCUGCUCGGCGGGAUCGGUGAGCUCAACAAGAACCGGAAACCGAAUUUCUUGGUGGUGGAGAAGGACACGAGCAUCACGGAGAUCGAAGAGACCUUCAAGAGCUUCUUGGCUCGUAAUGACAUCGGCAUCAUCCUCAUUAACCAGUUCAUUGCCGAGAUGAUCCGUCACGCCAUCGACGCCCACAUGCAGUCGAUCCCGGCCGUGUUGGAGAUCCCGUCCAAAGAGCAUCCGUACGACGCAUCCAAGGAUUCCAUCCUGCGCCGUGCCAAGGGCAUGUUCUCCGCCGAGGACUUCCGAUAGAUGACCGACUGUCUGAACAUAAACACACUCUGUUUACACUUGUGUGAUUAAUGUAACUGUCCCUGACUGGUGUUUCUCUGCUGGAUCCAUUGAUUUGUUCUCAGUCAUUCCUCUGUUUCUGUCUGCCUCACAGAUCUGUGUCCUCAAACAUGUUGAUUUAUUUCAGUCAACAGGAAGUGGGACAUGUUUCCAUGUGACACGCACUCAGCUGAUAAGAAGAUUUUUACUUCCUGUCGGCUGAAAAUUCCUCAGUAGAAGAAAAUAUUAAUAGUCUUCUGUCAGUGUUUGUUCCAGAUGUUUAACUUAUGAAAAAGAUGUUGAAAUAAAUAAAUGUUGUUGUUGUGA